GCUCUCGACGCCUGUGUGUGUGUAUGUGUGUGUCUGAGCUCGCCAGUGUGAUCGUCUGAUUAAGGUAGAAAAUGAAAUGAGAGAGAAGAGCCCCCGUUGAGGAAGUGAGAUGAUAACAUAACGGCGCCUAGACUACAACAUUUGCCUGUGUCUUCGCUCCCUGGACUGCAAUGCCUCCACAACGAGUGUUCACCCUGCCGCGGCAGCAAUCUCUGCUCCUGCCUGCGGUCAUCAACCCGUUUGUACAGGACACAAAACUAACCAAAGCUACUAUAAUUAAAUGUGUCCUCCUGGGAAUCUUCCUGGUCCCUGUUCGCGCCAUCCUGUUGUCUCUGGUUCUCAUGGUGACAUGGCCAGUGUCUGUCAUAAUAACCUUCAAGCAUCCUCUGAAAGGAGCUGUGGAGCCAAUGAAAGGCUGGAGAAGGUUCAUGUGUCAGAGGAUAAUGGCUGCCUUGGGGAGAACUUACUAUUUCUGCAUGGGCUUCAGAGUGGUGGUCAAGGGCAAGCAGGUCAGCAGCAGUGAGGCCCCCAUCCUGGCUGUUGCCCCCCACUCCACCUUUUUCGAUGGGAUUGUGUGCAUUAUUGCAGGCCUGCCCUCCACCGUCUCCCGUGUUGAGAACCUGGCUACACCCAUCUUUGGCAGGUUUGUGCGCUGUCUCCAGCCAGUGCUCGUGUCCAGAAAGGACCCAGAUUCACGGAAGAAUACAAUCCAAGAGAUUGACAGCAGAGCCAAAUCAGGAGGCCGCUGGCCUCAGGUUUUGAUAUUUCCAGAGGGAACAUGUACAAAUCGCUCAUGUCUUAUCACUUUCAAACAAGGUGCCUUUAUCCCAGCAGUCCCCGUGCAGCCUGUGCUGAUAAGGUAUCCCAACAAACUGGAUACAGUGACUUGGACUUGGCAGGGUUUCAGCUCGAAGACACUGCUGCUUCUAACGCUGAGCCAGCUGUACACCACAGUAGAGAUAGAGUUCUUGCCGCCGCAUAUCCCCACAGAAGAGGAAAGGAAAAGCCCAGCUCUGUUUGCCAGCAGAGUGCGAGAAACUAUGGCCAGAGCUUUGGGAGUUCCAGUAACAGACCACACAUAUGAAGACUGCCGCUUGAUGAUCUCAGCUGGUGAGCUAACUCUGCCCAUGGAGGCCGGCCUGGUUGAGUUCACCAAAAUUAGCCGCAAACUCCAACUGAAGUGGGACAACGUGAGAAAAGAGCUGGAGGGCUUUGCGGCCAUGGCCAGCUCUUGUAGGGGAGGACGGAUCACCAUUGAGGAGUUUGCCGGAUUCCUCAAGCUACCUGUCACCCCACCCCUCGAGGAGCUGUUUGCACUGUUUGACAGGAAUAGAGAUGGCACCAUCGACUUCAGAGAGUACGUUAUAGGCGUGACCAUCCUGUGUCGGCCAGCGAACACUGAAGACGUUCUUCGAAUGGCUUUCCAGCUGUUUGACACAGAUGAGGAUGAGAAAAUCACCCGAGAGGAGUUUACUGCUCUGCUGCGCUCCGCUCUGGGUGUGUCGGAUCUAAACAUGGCCAAGCUCUUCAAGGAGAUUGAUGCUGACGGCUCUGGUUUCAUCACCUUCAGUGAAUUUCAAGGCUUUGCUAUGAGCCACCCGGAGUACGCAAAGCUCUUCACCACCUACCUGGAGCUUCAGAGAUAUCAAGCAAUCCAGGAGGCGAGGCCAGGUGAUCUGGAACUGGCUGGUCAGACCAGUUCAGGAGAAAAACAGGAAGACAGCAUCUCUGACAAGAAAGAUGACUGAGACGGACGACAACUGUAAACCCUGCUUGACUGCACUGACAGACAGAAAACUGUAUUCACUGCACUGAGAAGGAAAAGGCUGUGUCCAGCGACUUUUAGCAAAUUCAAGUCAUUUGCUACAGCAGAGCCAUAUUAUAGGUCAUGUGCUUGCCUCUGUACAGACAUGGGUUUUAGAGUGCUUCUAUUUUCAAUUUUAGUGCCUUAUAGAGAUUUUAAAGAACAACUCCCCAAUCACUGCACAACAAAUGUCUAAUUGCAGACUAUUUCCAUCUGUAAAGAUUUGUGUGUGUGUGUGUGUGUGUGUGUGUGUGUGUGUGUGUGUGUGUGGGUGUGUG